AUCAUCAACAAUCGACGCCGAGUGAGACCCCAAAGGUCCACAACACCUGGCACGCAAAUAGAAGUGAAAACUGCCGGAAUAAUAUAGUUUGUUAUAAUAUUUAUUACAUAAUAACAUUUAAAUCUCUUCCUCAGUACCUGUUUGGCUCUGUGUGCUGUGCUAGCUAAACAGCACCAUGUUUAUUUCUUCACAAAACUCGCCGCCCUCCUUCAAAGAUUUCACUCUCGUCAUGCCAGCAGUAGCUGUUGGUAAUGUGGGCCAGCUGGCUGUGGACCUCAUGGUGUCCACCCUCAACAUGAACAGAGUGGGCUAUAUACACACAGACUGUCUCAUCCCCAUGGCUGGGAACAACCCGUACGCCACCUGCAAAGAAGACGCUGAGGAGCUGCACACCCCUGCAGAAGUUUACACAGCAGCAGAACUGAAGUUAGCAGUUCUUCAAAUCAGAGCACCAAUUAUUCAGACAAAAUCCAAAAAGUUCCGUCAGCUGCUCGUCUCUUGGAUCAAAGCCAGCGGGUUCUCCAGGACCGUAGUUCUGUCCAGCAGCCACGCCUACCAGAGGGACGACCAACAGCUGCAAGGCACUCCUUUGAGGUACCUGGUCACACCGUGCCUGCUGAAGGCGAGUGUGGACGUGUGGAAAGAGCUAGGCUGGAGGGAGCUGGAGCGAGUGGCGGCCUUCCCGGGACUAACAGAUGCCAACACAGAGCCGCGCCUCUACAUCCCUGGAGGAGGCAUAACCAAAGGACUCUACACAGACAGUUGUGCAGAGGAUCUCCCCCUGGCGGUGCUGCUGCUCUUCUGUUCAGAGGGCGACAACAUCCCGGACGCCUUCACUCUCGUCAACCACCUCAACGCCUGGCUCCAUCUCCUGGACAAUCCUAGUAAAGACCCCAACAAAUGGAAGAUCCCAACUUCUUGGAAUCUGUUGUUUGGCAGCGGCAUCCCCCCUUCUCUGUUCUGAUACACGCGUAUUUAGCUCAUAAGUAGCUUCUGGGGAAUGCAGUGAAGUUGAAGUUUCAAAAACAGUUUUCUUUGACAUCUGUGCUGUCCAGCCAUAACAUCUCUGCAUUGUUCAGACCAUCAUGAGCUCUUCACUAAAUCUGGUUAGUUAAGAGGAUGUCUUUUUGUGUCCUAAGCUGAUAAAACUGAAGGACACUUUCUGCUCUUAAAUAAUGUAUUAUGUUGAAUUCACCUGGUCUGGACAUAAAAACCUGGUUGUAACAUGACCCCACAAGAAACUUCCCAAUCUCGGACAUUUAUCACAGUUUUCUUUUAUUUUGAUAGUAAUCUUUAAAUGUACAACAUUACAUUGCUUUUUUUCCCAAUAAAAGAUGUUAAAAGAA